AGAGCCCGGGAAGGAGCGAGGUACCCCCUCUCCCCCUGGCUGAUGCAGCGCCGGCCAGUCCGGCCCUCUCGGCCUCCUGCAUCCCCUGGGCCGGGCCCCGGCCUUCCUCUUCCUCCUCCUCCUCCUUUGUCCUUCCUGCCUCCCCUCCCCCAUGGCCCGCAUCCCUGGAAGAAGGAGGGAAAAGGCCCGGAGAUGGCCUGGACGCCGGAGGCGACCCCCGGCUCAGGGCCGGACGGCCGGGAGAUGGCCCAGAGCACCAACAGUCACGGGCCGGUGCCGGGGGGGGGGUCUUCGUUGCAGGUGCCUGUGACAUUCGAGGACGUGGCCGUCUAUUUCUCGCGGGAGGAGUGGGCGGCGCUGGAUGGGUGGCAGAAGGAGCUCUAUCGGGACGUGAUGCGGGGCAACUACGAGCUGGUGGCUUCGCUGGGGUGUCCUGCCGCCAAACCUGAUCUCAUCUGUCAAAUCGAAGGGGACGAAGAGCUGGGGGUAGGAGAGCCGCAAGGUUGCCCGGCACGGAGGCAGCCCCGAAGACGCUCUUCAGGUGGCGGUGCCCGGGUUCAAAGGGAGGACCGCCUAGACGCCGGAAGCGACGCGGGUGCCCCGGAAUCCCGGGUCUCGGCGAGGACUCCGGGUUGGACGACGAGAAGGAAACCCCCCACGGAGCAGAGGCUCCCUGGAGGAAAUCCGGCCGAGAAACCCUCCGGCGGGACCCCCCGGGGCCUCCCCCCGAGAAGGAAGCCCCCGACCUGCCCGGAGUGCGACAAGAGCUUUAAGAGCAACACGGCGCUGACCAUCCACGAGCGGAGUCACACCGGGGAGCGACCCUUCAAGUGCCCCGACUGCGGGAAGGGCUUCCCCUCCAAGGGGGAUCUGAAACGGCACCAGAAAACCCACGAGGGGGAGCGGGCCGCCCGGCCGGGAAGGGAGCCCCCUCCGAAGCCCCUUCCCGCCAGGCCCCAGAGGGGUCACCCGGCCUCCAGGAGGGCCCACACCUGCCCCCGGUGCGAGAAGACCUUCCGCAAGGUCCGCGACCUCCAGAAGCACCAGAGGAUCCACACGGCCGAGAGGCCCUUCGCCUGCCCUCAGUGCGGGAGCCGCUUCCGGCUGAAGCAGAUCCUCGUGUCCCAUCAGAGGAUCCACGGUGGGGAGAGACCCUUCUGCUGCGGGGAUUGCGGGAAGACCUUCGGCCAGAAGCACCACCUGCUCAGCCACCGGCGCACCCACACCGGCGAGCGGCCCUUCUCCUGCGUCCAGUGCGGCCACAGCUUCAGCCAGAAGCACCACCUGGUCAGCCACCGGCGCAUCCACACCGGCGAGCGGCCCUUCCCCUGCCCCGACUGCGGCAAGCGCUUCAAGGACAAGAAGACCCUGAUCAUCCACGGGAGGGUCCACAGCGGCGAGCGGCCCUACUCCUGUGCCCAGUGCGGGAAGGCCUGCAGCCAGAAGCAGCACCUCAAGAGCCACCUGCGGACCCACCGGGGUCCCGGGGAGCGGGAGGGCCGAGCCCCGGCCCAGCACAGGCUGCGCCCCGAGAAACCCCAUAAAUGCGGCAAGUGCGAGAAGAGCUUCCGGGAUGAGAGGAUCAUGUUGGCCCACCGAGGGACGCACGCCGAGGAGACCCCGCCGGAACGCUGGCCCGGGGUCCACCUAAGGCGGCCCCCCGCCCUUGCCCCCUCGGCCCGUCCCAGGCAGGUGGAGGCCGGGGGCCCGUCGGGGAGACUCGUUGGAAGCCCUGCGCCGUCCUGAGCGCUUGGGAGAGGACGAUGGCGGCAGCCGGCCGCAGAAGCCGCGCGGCCCGGCGGGUAGAGCACGAGCCUGGGGGUCAGCCCCACAUGGGACGGGGACUGUGUCCAACCCGA